AUGACGUCGGCGACGUUGAAGGUGAGGGAGCGAUUAAUCGCUAGUCCUUCAACACCGGUGUUUCGCGAGUAUGCGGACACUGAGCAGCUCGAUUUGCCGCUAGAAAUGCGUCGGACGGGGAGCGCGGCCUCCCGCCUCGGUCGAGAGGGCGAAUUGGUGGCCCCCCUGUCGCACAAAGGACACGUGAUCGGGGUGUUAACGGAAGCUGCCAAGGAGAUGAACAUCGAGAACGAGGAGGAAGAAGCCGAAGCACUUGAUGAGCUUGACGAGCUCGGCGAUCGCAAUAUGCCUUUACCGUCUCUGCUACGACAGAGAUACUCGGUCCGCGCCGACUCUAUUGUCCGGGCAGUCGGCCGCGAAGGCGACUUUGUCUUGCCCCGACUGUACGCUGGCCACUCGUUGGCCGUACUCACCAGCGGUGGUGACAGCCAAGGUAUGAACGCUGCCCUUCGCGCGGUCGUUCGAAUGGGAUUGUACCUUGGCUGCCAGGUAUACUGUAUCCAUGAGGGCUAUCAGGGUAUGGUAGACGGAGGUCAGUUUAUCAAAGAGGCGACGUGGAACAGCGUCAGCGAUAUCAUUCAGCGGAGCGGUACGAUCAUCGGCAGUGCCAGGUCGAAGGACUUCCGUACCAGGGAAGGACGACUGAAGGCUGCUGAAAACCUACUUAAGUUCAACAUCAACAACUUGGUGUGCAUCGGCGGCGACGGUAGUUUGACAGGUGCGAAUUUGUUCCGGCAGGAAUGGCCGUCUCUUCUGAAGGAGUUGGUCGACCAGGGCAAAAUCGAUGCUUCGAAGCUGACCGAAUGCCCGGGCAUCAACAUAGUUGGUCUGGUCGGCUCCAUCGACAACGAUUUUUGCGGAACGGAUAUGACCAUCGGCACGGACACUGCUUUGCACCGUAUUAUUGAAGCCGUUGAUGCUGUAGUCUCCACGGCACAAAGCCAUCAACGUUCAUUUGUCAUCGAAGUAAUGGGAAGACAUUGCGGUUACCUGGCGUUGGUGGCUGGGUUGGCAUCUGAAGCCGAUUGGGCUUUCAUCCCGGAGUGGCCACCACCGGUAGACUGGCGCGACAUUAUGUGUAACAAAAUGCAAGAAUCCAGAGAGCAAGGUAAUCGCGUCAAUAUCAUUAUUGUCGCAGAAGGCGCUAUCGACCGCGAUGGAAAUCCGAUCACCAGUGAACAGAUCCGUCAAGUGAUCAAAGAGCGGCUUCAUUACGACACUCGUGUCACCGUGCUUGGUCACGUUCAACGCGGAGGCAGACCAUCGGCAUUCGAUCGCCUCUUGGGCAGUCGUAUGGGUGCCGAAGCGGUCCUUGCUCUGAUGGAUUCCUCGACGGAAUCAGAACCAUGUGUCAUAUCCAUAGACGGCAAUUCGAUGGUCCGUGUUCCCUUGAUGCAGUGCGUGGAGCGUACUAAAGCGGUACAAAAGGCGAUGGAUGAGAAAAACUGGGAUCUCGCCGUGCAACUUCGCGGUCGCAGCUUCCAGCGUAACAUUGCCACCUACAAACUAAUGGCGAAAAUGCGGGCGCCAAAGGCGAAUGACCAUCUCAGUGGUGGCUUCAGUUUCAAUCUGGCUGUGAUGAACAUCGGUGCACCUGCCUGUGGCAUGAACGCCGCCGUGCGUUCUUUUGUCCGAAUGAGCUUCUACCACGGCUGCCACGUGUACGCAAUUCACGAUUCAUUCGAAGGUCUCGUCGCGGGAAAUAUUCGAGUACGCUUGUUUUUUCUCGCAACCUUAAUAUCUGAUUCUUCAUAUUAACG